AGUCUUCGCAGCGAAGCGAUAGUGAGAGCGUACACGAUGAGCCUUUUCCGAGCGAUACUAACAGCGGCCGGAGCUGCAGCUGCGACCGCGGUGAUUACCGGAUCAUAUUUCUACCUGUUUCGAUCCAGCGCUCAGAAGCAAGAGACGACCGAGGAGAUCGCGGUCACUCCUGUGGAAGAAGACCGCCAGACGGUGGAGGAGAGGCAGGCUGAAGCUGAGCUUACAGUGGAUCCUGACCUCUGUGAGACGGAAUCGGUGAUGGAAGAGGGAGAAGUUUACAGCCCUCAAGAAGAAGAUCAGGCCCCUGCCAUUAUUGAGGAUGGACCAGAAGCUUCCGGACUGCUACAGGACUCUGUCCUAGCAGAGAAGGUUGACGCUGAGGUGAUAAUGGAGCCAGACCGCUGUGAGGAAGAGACAGACGAGGGAGAAGUUUACAGCCUCCAAGAAGAAGGUCAGGUCUCUGCCAUUAUUGAGGAUAGACCAGAAGCUUCCGGACUGCUACAGGACUCUGUCCUAGCAGAGAAGGUUGACGCUGAGGUGAAAAUAGAGCCAGACCUCUGUGAGGAAGAGACGGAAGAGGGAGAAGUGUACAGCCCUCAAGAAGAAGGUCAGGCCCCUGCCAUUAUUGAGGAUGGACCAGAAGCUCCAGGACUGCUACAGGGCUCUGUCGUAGCAGAGAAGGUUGAAGCUGAGGUGAUAAAAGAGCCAGACCUCUGUGAGGAAGAGACAGAAGAGGGUAUAGUUUACAGCCCCCACGAGGAAGAGCAGGCCCCUCAGAUUCUGGAGGAUCAGCAGACUCUUACCAGUGUGGAUCUGGCUAAGGACCCUCCAUCUUCUUCAAGUGAUGACGGACCCAUGAAAAAACGUUUUCGGAGACGAGGAACACGAGGAAGGGGACGUAAAAUCAUAUAUAAGAAUGAAGGUCAGGCCCCUGCCAUUAUUGAGGAUGGGCCAGAAGCACCUGGACUACUACAGGGCUCUGUCGUAGCAAAGAAGGUAGAGACUGAGAAGGAGACGCAAUGGGUGGUGGAAGAGGGAGAAGUUAAGUCCCCCCAAGAGGAAGAUCAGGCCCCUCAGAUUCUGGAGGUGCCUCUUACCGAUGUGGAUCUGUCUAAGGACCCUCCAUCUUCUUUAAGUGAUGACGGACCCACGGAAAAACGGUUCCGGAGACGAGGAACACGAGGAAGGGGACGUAAAAUCAUAUAUAAGAAGGACAUUGGAGAGGAGAGGAGCCAGAGAGAGACAACACAGUGAUGGAGAACCAUAGAGAGACUAAGACUCUUAUUAGUCUAACUUUCUCAAAAUAAAGAGAAAUUUAUUCAAGUGA